AUGUCUGGCUUCAAAAACACACAAUCGACUUGCCGUUAUACUAAGAGCGCUUGGACUGAAUGUGAUGCCAAAACCAAUAUGCGUUCCCGGACACUUACAUUGAAGAAGGGCGAAGCCAAUUGUUUACCCACCCGAACUAUGCAAAAGAAAUGCAAGAAAACGUGUCGUUAUGAAAAAGGAUCUUGGUCUGAGUGCAACAGCAACGGUCAAAUGACACGACAGGAUAAAUUGAAAUCAACAGGCAACGCUGCUGACUCCAGCUGUGUAGCUGUGCGGGACGUAAACAAGAAAUGUAAUCCUGGCGGUGCUAACAAACAGGCUGGCAAAGCCAAUAAGGAACGCAAAAACAAGGAUAAAGCAAACCGUCGUACUCAAGCUUCUCCAGCCUAAACUAUGUUCGUCGAUUUAGGCGAUCAAUGGAUGGUGUAGCAGUUAUCAACGAAUUAGUUAUAAAUAAAAUGCAUUAGAUUAAGAAAUUGAAAUAAUUUUUAAUAAAGUUUACAAACUCAAAAAGAUCAAAUUAUCAACAACAUUUAAAACAAAAUGAAAAUAUAAAUUUUAUGUAAGGAAUUAUUUGAAUCACAAAAAUUUUUACUACAACUUAAUGAACUUAGUAUUAAGCUUAUAAUGUAAAUUUAAGAGAAAAACAUUUUAAAAUUUAUAAAAACUUGAUUUUAUUUAAAUAAAUAAAUUUUUUUUAAAU